GUGUGUGUGAAUGCAUUUGUGUGCGUGUGUGUGUGCACGUCACAGCUGGGUAUAUAAGUGCCUCUCUCCCUCUUUCCUGAGAAUACACUUUCAUUCUCAUCCAAGCUCACAAAACAGAAUAAGGAUGAACAGCUGGGUGUGCGUGUGUGUGAUCCUGGCUGCGCUUUCCGCCUCCUGUUUGGGUCGGCCCUGCUCCUCUUCCCUUGACACUGAUGAUAGCCCUCUGCCCUCGCAGGAGGAAACCAGUUUAAGUGGGCAUCACCGGGUCGCCCGCUCCACCAGCCUCACCCUCAAACAGCAGCCAGCAGGCAACACAGACCCAGACACCCGUGCCAACCUCAGCGAACUGCUGGCCAAACUCAUCUCUAAGAAAGGCUCUGUUCGUCGUAACUCCUCCAUGAACAACAGCGCAAACAGUAACCACCGGAUAAAAGAUCGGGAUUAUGUGGGCUGGAUGGAUUUUGGCCGCCGGAGUGCUGAGGAAUAUGAAUACUCAUCAUAAAAACCAUAAAUAUCAUCUGGUUCCUCAUCUACAAAAUAAAGAGUAUAUUUAUUACUACUAUUGUUAUUAUUAUUCCAAUGUACAUUUGUUUAGAAACCAGUAUAAUGCAGAAUAGACAUAUGAAUAAAUUUACUAAAAAAGACCAAAAAAAACAUUCCUAAAGUAUUGUUUUUAAAUCUUGUCAUUUUAUUUGCUUUUCUUUGUCAGUGGUUUUGCAUAAAUGAGAACCAUUAACCUAAUGUGUAUCAGAUUCAUGGAACCACAGUUUUCAAUAAAUCAGGUCAGCAUUCAACUUUGGCCUUAAAUCCUA